AUGGAGAGGUGGAAAGAUUUUGAACUAUCUAAGGAAGAAGAGGAAGGUAUCACUGCAGAAGUUGACGAAGCUUGUGAAGAUGAAGUUUUUCAAAGAACCCUGGCAGCUAGAUUGUGGACGGAUAGUCCGUUUAACACUCGAGCUUUCACUAGUACGAUGCUGAGUGCUUGGAGACUCAGAAAUCCAGUUGAAGUUCAGGAACUGAGUAAGAACCUUUUUCUAUUCAGAUUCGCCACCAAAAGGGAUCUAGAAGGAGUGUUGAAGAACGGGCCAUGGAGCUUUGACCGUAAUCUUCUGGUGCUAGCUAGAGUGUCUGGAGAAGAGCAACCUUCAGAACUAAACAUGCACUAUGGUACUUUCUGGGUUAGGGUCUAUGAACUCCCACUCAAGCUCAGAUCGAAAGCAAUGGCAAAAAAUCUAGGAGGAAUCAUUGGCGAAUACGAAGAAGUGGACCAGAAGGAGGCACAUCGUAAUGGCAGAUUUCUGAGGAUCAAGGUUAAAAUGGAUCUGAAGAAGCAACUUAAGCGGGGAACAGUUGUCCAUUUUAAAGAGAAGAACCUAAGGGUCCACUUUAAGUAUGAAAGGCUACCUACUUUCUGCUUCGUGUGUGGGAAGAUUGGGCACCAAAUGAAAGACUGUGAAGAAGUUGGGGAUCUCAGUGAAGAAGGCUUUGAAAAUCUAGAGGAGCAAGAUCUAUCCUUUGGGGCAUGGUUACGGGCCUCACCUCUGCCCAGAACCUUUGAAGAAAGUAAAAAGAAAGACUCAAAUUCCAGUUCUUGUAGCCGUAGCUUGUUCAAUCUCUCUUCUGGACAAAGCAGAUGUGAAGGGAAGGGAAAGGAGAAGGAGGGAGAUGAAGGAGAAGUUUGUUGA